AUGCCUUCCCCACGAACAUUGAAGAAAGCCCAAGCUCUAAAUGGACGGCUAGUAGCGAUCAACAGGUUCUUGGCAAGACAUGCCAAAAAAUCCUUGCCUUUCAUAAAAACAUUGAAAGAUUGCCUCAACAAGAAAAACUUCAAAUGGACCAGCGAAGCGGAAAAAGCCUUGCAAGACAUGAAACGUUUCAUAGAAGGAUUACCUAUGCUGACAGCACCAAGGCCUAGUGAGGUGUUAAAGAUGUAUUUGGCGGCAGCUCAUACCGCAGUAAGCGUUGUGCUUAUGGUUGAACGGGACGGAAGACAAACAUCGAUAUAUUACAUCAGCCGGGUAUUAGCGGGACCUGAAACGCGGUAUCCCACGUUGGAAAAGCUGGUCUUGGCACUGGUACACGCCACACGGCGAUUGAGAAGAUAUUUCCAGGCACACCGCGUACAGGUCCUAACCAAUUACCCACUGCAACAAGUCCUGCACAAGCCAGAGAUCUCUGGCAGACUGGCCAAGUGGGCAAUUGAACUAGGUGCUUUGGAUAUUGAAUAUCAGAAACGAACAACAGUUAAGGGACAAGUAAUCGCUGACUUUCUAGCCGAAAUCCCUGAGGGAGAAGCUAUCGUGGACCCAGUCGUCCAGGAUAUCCCGGAAUCCAGCACUGCCCGGCAGACCUGGAAACUAUACACUGAUGGGUCAUCAAGUGGAAAGGGAUCUGGAGCCGGCUUAAUGUUGAUAAGCCCAGACGAGAUCAGGCUGAUGUAUGCCUUACAUUUCGAUUUCGAAUGUUCUAACAAUGAAGCGGAAUACGAGGCACUACUAGCAGGCUUAAGAAUGGCGAAAUCUAUGGGAGUGGCAAGGGUAGACGCGUAUGUUGAUUCGCUACUGGUCAACAAUCAGGUAAACGAAACGUACGAAGCCAAAGAUGAAUCAAUGGCAAAAUACUUGGCGAAAACAAAGGAACUCAUGGAUUCUUUUGAUAACGUCACGCUCAAUCACGUACAUAGAGGCAAGAACCAGAUAGCAGAUGCUCUCAGCAAACUCGCCACCUCAGGUAUGGAAAAAGAAGUCAAAGUCGAAACGGUGCAGACACCCUCAAUCGAACCACGGAAUGUUUCCGCCGUUACAGCGGAAGAUCCUUGCUGGUACACUCCGGUGUUACGAUUCCUUGAAACAGGGGAGCUACCUCCCGCCAAGGGAGAAGCGCAGAAGAUACAAACGAAAGCGCUGCAAUAUGAGAUCAAUAACGGCGUCCUAUAUAGAAAGUCUUACCUGGGACCACUGUUACGAUGUGUCUCCCCAACAGAAGCAAAGUAUCUCAUCAGCGAGAUCCAUGCAGGUCUAUGUGGCAUACACGCUGGACCCCGGGCGGUGGUGGCCAAAAUCCAUAACGCAUGA